CAGUCUAAACUCAACCGUCUAGUGUUCAUUUAACGUGCUUUGACAAAACCAAAAAAGAAAUCAUUUCAAAAUGUUCAAGUUGUUAGUAGCUUCAUGUGUUUUGGCCGUUGCCAACGCUGGACUUAUUGCCCAACCUGCAAUUGUUCACCAUGCUCCAAUUGCCACAUCUUAUCAGUCAAGCCAUGUUGUUCACCAUUCAGCUCCAGUUGUCAAAGCCGUCCCAUUGGUUCAAGCUGCUCCAGUUUACCACGCUGUGCAUGCCGCUCCUAUUGUUAAGACUGUUCAUGCUGCCCCUGUUAUUCAAACAGUGCACGCUGCUCCACUCAUCAAAACAGCUCAUGUUGUGCAUGCUGCCCCUCAAGUCGUUCAUGCCGUGCAUCAUGCUCCAAUCGUUAAGACCAUCCACCAAGCUCCAAUCUUGCUUCAUCAUUAAAUCCACCCACGCGCCAUACAACAACUGAUUGUGGAAACAGGAAAACAGUGCAAAUUAUUUUAAAACUAAAAUGUGUUUCAAAAUUAAAUAAAACAAAACGAAUUCUAUGAAUCAAAAAGAAAGAAAAAUUAUUAAAUACAUUGGAUACUCAAUAAUACAAAAAGAAAAGCUCACAAACAAAUUCUUUUUUAUUCUGUUUAAUUAAAAGUUAGAAAACAGCGACAAGGCUUCAUUUAUUAAAAUCUUUGAAAGCUUAAACUUCACAAG